UGACUAGCAAAAACAGGACAAGAAUUUAUAUCUAGUGGUGGCUACUAGUUAUCCAUUACUCUUCUAUUCUCUACAAAAAAAUACAUAAAUCCAGUACUACAUACAAAUCAAUUUAUUAACAAUGGAGCCGUGGCAUGACUUUAUUGGAAAAAUAGUGAUGGUAACCGGUGCAUCAUCAGGGAUCGGGCUAGAGCUCUGUCUCGACUUGGCCAAAGCCGGUUGUAACAUCAUCGCUGCUGCUCGUCGUGUUGACAGACUGAAAUCUCUAUGCGAUGAGAUCAAUUCAAAAGGCAACAGACGUGCAUUUGCCCUCGAACUUGAUGUUACUGCUGAUGGUGCUGCAAUUGAGUCCGCUCUACAAAUAGGUUGGGAUGCCUUUGGACAUAUCGACGUCUUGAUUAACAACGCUGGCGUUAGAGGUAGUGUGAGGUCUUCAUUGGAAUUAAGGGAGGAAGAGUGGGAGCAUACUUUUAACACGAAUCUAAAAGGGGCAUGGUUGGUGUCAAAAUGUGUUUGUAGACGAAUGCGCGAUGCUGAACAGGGCGGAGGAUCUGUUAUUAAUAUCUCUUCAGCUGCAGCUCUGAAUCGAGUAGUAUACAAAGGGAGUCUUGCUUAUGCUUCUUCAAAGAUGGCUCUUGACAUGGUCACUAAGAUCAUGGCUAUUGAGUUAGGAGUAGAUAAUAUCAGAGUGAACUCAAUAUCUCCAGGAUUUUUCAAGUCUGAGAUAACAGAAGGUCUUUUCAAACUCAAAGGGUUCCAUAAGUUCCUUUUGAAGACUGUUCCUUUGAGAUUCAUUGCAACGACAGAUCCGGGUUUAACAUCACUUGUUCGAUACCUGAUUCAUGAUUCUUCCAAAUAUGUAACGGGAAAUGUUUUCAUCGUCGAUGGUGGAUCAACCAUUGUAGGUGUUCCCAUCUUCUCAUCAUUGUAGAAUUUGAUGAACAAGACAUCAAGUUCAAAUUAUAUGAAUUUUAUCAUAUAUAUUUAUGUUUCACGUCGAAAUAUUGAAUUCAAAUGAAUAUGUAACUAAACAAUAUAACUUGUCCGGUUACAUCUAUGGAAGUGAGAAUAUAGUAUUUAUCACCUUCAAUGGAUCA